AUGGGGUAUCAAAUGGCCGGCAAGCUGUGCCUACUGGGCUUGGGGCCAGACCCGAAACUUCGCGCCUUGCUGGAAGCGCCCGAGCUACCAGCUGAUGCCCUUGCCACGGCGCAGCUGCGCCUGCCGCACCUCACCCUCCGCACGGGGACGGCCACCUGCGUGGCUGGCAGCGAGCUGCCGUCGCUGUUUGCUGCCUCGGAUACAGGAGUGGAGUUUUUGCAGCUCGCAGACACCCACAUGCUGCUUGGAGUUUGUUGCCAUGGGCGUUGGGAAACUCGUGACAGUUUCCUGCUUGGCGUGACCCCGGCCGGUUGUGAGUUCCAAGAUCCCCUCCUUUCAAAGCUUGGCUAUUUCUUUUCACCGAACAGCACGAGCAUCAUCGGACGAGACGGCACCAACCUUUCGUGGCCACGAACAUUGCAAGCUGUUUGGUUGAAGCAGCUACAAGAGAACGGCGACCAAUUUCCCCGAAAUAAUCAUAGAACAGAGCUCGUCGCGGACAGGGUCCUUUCUUUAUCUGGCGGGAAAUGCAGCAUCGUCGGGAUGGCAGUCGGCAUCGUGGGGUAUUCUCAUAUCGGAUUAUCGGAAGCAAGGAAGCUGGCGGUGUUGUACAAGCCAAGCCCAUACCGUGUCAGAGACGGCUUAGACAGCAACAUGUGGCUGAAUCUUGGAGAAUUGCCGUGGGUGGAGGGGCCCGACUUGUCUGCACACGACUGGCGCCUGACCAUCGUCUUCAAGCCUCGUCAUGGAACCAAGCCUAGGCCCCAAAGGCCGACCGGGAAAGUCCAGCGGCCGCCGCUCCUUCCCUUGAGAGUUGAAUCCGAACCCACUCGACGACCCUCCUUAUUUGGAGAUCCUGGAGACAGAUGGUGA